UGUUGGUUGAUUCACUCGAAAGCUGUAGGGGCGCUGUUGUAAGCAGUCAUUUGAGUUUAGUGUGAGUAUCAUUGUAGUUAUCGUACUACGCAAUGCUGUCCUAAUGGAUAGUAAAAUUUUGGGUGGUUAAAAAUGACCGUUCAAAGAUUUUAGGAAUUAAAUGGACAGUGCGUUGAUUGAAAGAAAGCCAUGUAAAACAACAAGGAUUGGUUCGCGAAGGCGAUUUUUAUCGUUGUUUCGUUGGCUACAUGGAACAAGAUGGCGGAGAAACUGACAAUAAUGUGGCCGGUCAUAGUGAUUUCAUAACUCUUGCGCAACCAAGGUCUGGAGUGGUUCGCAUUCUGAAUGAAUAUAUUGAUACUCCUUUACCUAAACCUACUCGUUUGAAAGAGGUGAACCGGCCCCCCGUCUCCGCUCAGCCGACAGUAAAGCAGCUGCAUGGAGAUACAAUUAUUUGCCGGCAAUGCAGACGUUGUAAAUGUGAGGCAUGUCGGAAUCCACGGCAUUUGCCUCAAAAAUGGAUUUGUAACAACAAGUGUUUAUGUUCCGCUUCUAAUAUUGUGGAUUAUUGUUCGUGUAUGUGUUGUGUUAAGGGGCUAUUCUAUCAUUGGGCGAAAGACUACGAGAUGGAUACCGAUGUCUCUUGUGCCGACAAACCAUGCUCAUGCUCCCCUCAUCAUCGAUGGUUGAGGUGGGGUUGUCUUGGAUGUCUGGCGCUGCCCCUGCCCUGUUUAUGCUGUUACUGGCCCCUCAAAGGGCUCUUAAACACGUUCGAGGGCUGCUACGCCAAGUGUACGGGACACGGUUGUACGUGCGCCCCAUCGCACAAGACAGAACCGCCUGAGAAACGACUUUUAUCAGACAGUUGAUGAGCUUCUUUUAUAUCUUUAUUUUACAUCAGCUUGGUACCAAAGAGUUCUGCCUCGCAAUUAUCAUUUGUAAAAUUAAAACCACUCUAAGAAAAACUGUUUAUGUCACUAAGCAAAACGCAUGCAAUAUUUUCCUUUAACUGUAACAUUUUAUCCAUCAUAUAAAUAAUUCGAGUUUCA